UGAAAAUGGCUGCCUUUCUCCUCUAAAGCCUUUCGGGUGGGACAGAAAUCGGCUCUAAAUCGGCUGUAAAUCAGCAGGAAGAGCAGAACGGCUCGGUUUGUCGCUGCCGGCCGGAUCUCGAGCGAAGCGGUUCGGCUGCGAGCAGAAAUGAAGAAGCUGUAGUUUCGAGGAUGGGACGGAUUUUUGUGUUUAACCCUUUAAACUCCAGUCAAACAAGAUGAUGCGCCAGGUUGCCAGCACCAGUAACGAUUACUGCCUGACCGGCAGGCCCUCGUGUUUGGCCGAUGAUAGCCGGCACCCAGCUACUCACUUCGACCUGUGUUCGGCCCACGCGAACAAGUUCUACCCCACCUCACCUCCUCCGCCGUCCCUGCAGAUUCCUCUAACACAUCUCACCUCACCGUCACAAGGCCCCAAACUGGCACCCACGCCCUGCCAGAGGCAGCCCACCCCGGGGCAGCCACGGCCCCCGGCACGAGUGGCCCUCAAAGCCGGCGAGAAACCCGAGGACUCUAAGAAAAAGAAAGGCACGGGGAAGUCUGGCAAACGUGGACGGCCAGUAGGGACCACAAAGUUAGCCGGUUACAGAACGAGCACCGGCCGGCCGCUCGGUACCACCAAAGCAGCUGGGUUCAAAACCAGCCCUGGGAGGCCACUGGGGACCACCAGAGCUGCGGGAUACAAGGUCAGCCCCGGACGCCCCCCGGGGAGCAUAAAGGCCCUCUCACGCCUCAACAAACUGGCUUACGGAUCGAGCAGCGGAGCCGCGUUUCCCUACAGCAUCACCAACAAACCUGGAGCCUGCGAUCUGUCCAGCAAAGAGCAGGACAGCAACGAGACACCAAAAAUGGCUCUGGUUUCAUCAGUUCCUCAGUUUCUGAUCAGUGGCUUUCCCCCAGCAAGACACCCGAAGACCCCCCCGCCGAGCAUCAUGGCGUCCUCCGAGGCCUGCUCUCAGUCGGAGAUCUGUCCGGGCGACAGACAGUCGAACAGUGUGGUGGCUCUGCCGCUGCACGCCGCCGUCCCGCCAUACUCGCAGGUCUGACCCCACGGACCUCACGCUGGAUACUUACGUUAGGGUUCUCAGUCGUGAGGGAGAAGAAGAACUUCAUUAUCGCUCUGGAUCGAGCCGCGCGAUGGCGGUCAGCACACGCGGCGGUGGUUUUACUCCUGAGCUGAAGAUGAUGUGUUUAUACAGUAAAUAUGUGAGGUUGUUUAUUCUCGUCAGCUGUUUUUAAUCACUUAGACUUCACGUCUUAUUUCACAGAAAGGUUUUUAGUGCAGAACUUUAAGUGUUGAGUAGUUAUUGUUAAUAUUUGUAACUACAGCAUGAAAAUGAUGAGUUUUAUUGAGUGCAAUAUUUGUACCGCGUUUAUUCCAUAAUGUGCCAUCAAUCAAUCACCCCACCAAAGAGUUUCACACAGAUCUGCCUGUUUCAUCAACAACGUCGCACUUGUGCUGUGAUCAAAGCUGCAUUCUGGAAGACUAGAAACGCUUCACAAUAGUGCAGUAAUUAAAGGGGAAUUCCACCGAUUUUUACAUGUUUUUACAUAAUUGAAUCAAUGCGCUGUAAUCAGAGAGAUUCAGAGCGGUUUGGUGUGAAGUUCAGAUGUCUUUACAGUGGUGAUGAUAGGAACCAGGGGUCGCCAU